AAAAUUACGUGGCAAGGUCGAUCCACAAACGAGGUCAAGGUCGCAGGGAAAACCGUAAUUGUGACCGGAGCUUCGGAUGGAAUUGGUAAAGUCACCGCGGAAGAGUUUGCGACCCGUGGGGCCAGAGUAAUUUUGGCCUGCAGAAAUGUGCAAAAAGCGGAAAAGGUUGUGGAGAAUAUUCGCUCUAGGACAAGGAAUGGCGAGUUGAUAAUAAUGCAUCUCAAUCUAUCUUCUCUCUCUUCGGUGCGAAAAUUUGCCGCCGAAUUUAUCCAAAAGUAUCCAAACACUUUGUCCAUCCUCGUCAACAAUGCGGGAAUUUUAAAUCCUCCGGGAAUUCGAAACGUAACGGAGGACGGAUUUGAAGAAACUUUCGGUGUGAAUCACCUCGCCCAUUUUCUUCUAACCGACCUCCUCCUCCCAGAACUUAAAAAACUGGAGCCGAAAAUCCCGCCGAACCAAGUCGCGUUGUCAUAGUUUCAUCGGGAGCGCAAGCCUGGGGAAAAUUGCAAUUUCACGAUUUGAUGUAUGACAAGACGCCGUUUAACGAUUACAAAUUUCUGUCCAGAUUUUAUUGCAAUUCUAAACUGGCGAAUAAUUUAUUCAACCUGGAACUCGCUAAGAGGCUUAGGACCGAAAAGGCGAAUGUCAACUGUUACACGCUCUGUCCUGGUAUCGUGGCCACUAAUAUUUUUAAACAAAGCGCUCACCUUUUUUUCAAUCCGGCCUACCAAUCGAAGCCAAUUCACAAAUCUUACCGGGUUUUAUAUAGUUUAAAAAAUAUAAAUUAUACUACGGAGAUAUGGAAUAAUUUUCCUCUGAUCGGUAGUCGGAUUUUCAUUACUAGCAUACCAAAAAUUUGACUACUGGUCCAUUUCUAAUCAGUUAGCAUUGUAGUUUACCUGGCGAUAUAGAAUUUCCAAAAACCAUUGAAUACCCUAAAUUUUAAUUUAAUUUUAAAUUGCGCCUUAUGUUUAAAAACAUUCCUAAAAAAUUUCGUAUCGCCGCUAGCAAUAAAGGUGACAUAAUAUCUGUAAAUUUAUCUUCCAUCACACCUGGUACAGUUGAGAUUAAUGGUGAUUUACAUGUUGUUUGAAGGGUGCUCAAACCACGAUGCAUUGCGCCCUCUCGAAAUACUUGACCCAUCAUAGCGGAGAGAUGUACCGAAACUGCCAAUUUUGGGAUUACAGUAGACGACCCAAGCUGAGCGAGGAGGAUGCAAUCACUUUGUGGGACGAAAGUGUCCAGUUGGUCGGAAGAAAUUAGCUACAUUUUAAAACGUAUUUCUUCAUAUUUUCUUAAUAAUCUAAAAAAAUAAUGGGAAAGUGAGAAAUAAAAAUUGUGUAAUAAAGAAUUAAUUAAUUAAAUAAACAUA